AUGACCUCUACAGAAAGCUCUCCUCUUCCGCCGCGGGGUUCCCCAAUUGGGAUAUCUGCUCUUGUUGUAGGUGCCGGGGUUGCGGGACUGCUGGCCGCACUUGAGCUAUGGCGUCAGGGCAUCGAUGUUCAGAUUAUCGACCGAGCUCCUUCUCGGCUCACUGGAGGUGAUGGGUUUAGUAUAUCCUACAACAUCAUACGCUCGUUCCGUAAUUGGCCGUAUAUGGCCAAGAAAAAUGAAGAAAUCACAUUCCAUCCAUACCUCGCAUGGCACAAUAUCAAAGGGGAGCGAGUCUCAGGACCGAUAAAGGUAGAGAUUGGGGAUAAAGAUGGAGAAGUCAAUCAAGGACAGGAAGGUGGUCCGUCUGAGCAGCUAUAUCGUCACAGCCGUCCCAAGUUCCAUCUCAUGCUGGGGGAACAGCUAGAAAUGACCGGUAUGAAAGUACAGUAUGGCAAGCGAGCCAUACGCUAUAUUGAUGCGGAUCCCGAUCAGAAUAACAAGGCAAGUGUGGAACUAGACACUGGAGAUAUUAUGGAAGCAGACAUAGUCAUUGCUGCGGAUGGAAUUGGUAGUCAUUCCACAAAAGUUACGUUGGGUCACGAAGUUCCUGCCCGUUCAACGGGACUGGCCAUAUACAGAGCGGCGUUUUCUUUAGAAAUUGCUCUGUCUGAUCCUGAAAUUGUAGAAAGAUUCAAGCUACUCCCUGACGGUAGUCCAGUAGCUGAGUUAUGGCUCGGGCAAGUCUUCCAUAUUUCGCAUGUGAAAUUUUUCCAGUCCUGCUUGAAUAGCGUUGACAAUAUUUUCAUACAGGCGUCCCGAAAAGCAUUAGAGUCAUGGUCGAGAUCUAUUCCACCUCAACAAGUGAUCGAUGAUACUACCUCGAAACUCGAAGGCUGGCCAGACUAUGCGAAUCGAGUAAUCCUCAUGACGCCGAAGGAUAAGCUUAUUGACUUUGAGCUCGUCUGGCGUGAUCCACAGCGCGUCUGGACAUCGAAUAGUGGACGUAUAGUCCAGAUUGGCGAUGCCGCGCAUACAUUCCUUCCUACUUCUGGCAACGGGGCAAACCAAGGCAUGGAAGACGCUAUCUCACUUGCCAAAUGCCUUAGAAUUGCCGGUAAAGACAAUAUUGCCGAAGCGACUAGAGUGCACACCAAGCUGAGGUUCGAACGUGUAUCCUGUCUUCAAAAAGUAGGAAUCUACAAUCAAGCAACUCAAUACGGCCAGAGGGGCGAUGAUAACCAACUUACCGGUGAAUUAAAACCUAUGCCCAAGUACCUACGUGCGCUGAUGGCUCCAUGGGUCGUGGAACAUGACCCAGAGGAAUACGCCGCAGAAAAGUACCAUGAGGCACUGGCAGCACUGAAAAACGGAACUCCAUUUCAGAAUACGAAUAUACCACGAGGCCAUGUUUACAAGCCGUGGAACUUUGAGGAACUUUUGAAGGUUGUAGAAGAUGAGGGCGAAGUUGAGCUUGGUGGAGAAUGGUAUGACUGA